AUGACAGAGCCGAUUUCGCGUGAAGAGCUCGGACAACACAACAAGGACGGCGAUCUCUGGAUCGCGCUGAACGGGAAGGUGUAUGACUUUUCCGACUUCCCAUCGAGCCACCCCGGCGGGCCUGAAGUGAUUUACCGCUACGCCGGACAAGAUGCUUCGGAAGAGUACAACACGUUCCACGCACCAGAGCUGGUCAAGAGCACCCUUGGAGCUGACAAGAUGGUGGGCUAUCUCCUCGACGUCGCGACCGCUGGCUCGGAUGCCGUCAAGCCAGCUUCCUCGGUCAAGGACCAGAAGCCGCUUCUCGAUGAACUCAUCAAUCUCUACGACCUCGAGGAGGUGGCCAAGCGAACCCUCACGGCCAAAGCGUGGGCCUACAUCGACGGCGCCUCCAACGACAACCUCACCUGUCGCUUCAACAACCGAGUCCUCAGGCACAUCUGGUUCCGCCCGGCCGUCAUGAGGGGCGUACGCUACGUCAACAUGUCGACGACCCUGUUCGGCUGCAAGCUCGACGCCCCCAUCUACAUCUCGCCCACGGCCGCCGUCAGCGUCGCUGGAACGGACGGCGAGCUGGCGCAGGCCAGGGGGGCGGCGAGCAGCGGCAUCAUCGCGACGAUCCCCAACAUGGCGUCCCAUCCCCUCGAGGACAUCCUGGACGCCACUCCCGAGAGGGCCUUCUUCCAGCUCUACGUGAGCAACGACAGGCAGCAGUCCGAAGAUAUCGUCCACAAGGUGACCGCGUCCGGCAAGAUCAAGGCUAUAUUCGUGACGGUAGACUCUCCCGUCGUGUCAAAGCGCGAAGCGGACGAGCGCACCAAGGGGAACUUGUCCUCGGUCAAUCCGUAUAAAGGCUCGUCGCCCGCCGCUGCCGCCACCGCCGCCUCCCGCAAGGGACCGCCGCGCGGUGGUUUCGCCCGGCAGUCGGGCCAACAGGUCGACCCCAGCAUAAGCUGGAGCGACCUGGCCUGGCUUCGCAGCAUCACCAAUCUGCCCCUGGUCCUGAAAGGCGUCCAGCGGCACGAGGAUGCCGUCAAGGCGAUGGAGCUCGGGUUCGAGGGGAUCGUUCUGAGCAACCACGGAGGGAGGGCAGCUGACAACGCUCUGCCGGCCAUCUUGACCCUGUUGGAGCUGCACAGGAACUGCCCGCAGGUCUUCGGCGCCAUGGAGAUCCUCGUCGACGGGGGGUUCCGAAGAGGCUCGGACGUUGUCAAAGCCAUAUGCCUCGGCGCGUCGGCUGUAGGACUCGGACGACCAUUCAUGUACAGCGUCAUGUAUGGCCAGGAGGGGACUGAGCGUGUGGUCGACAUACUCAAGGACGAAAUCAGAACCUGCAUGCAGCUCAUUGGUAUAUGCGAUCUUUUCGCGGAUGCAAGUCCCGAUUACCUGGUCACUGGUGAGAUUGACCACCUCGUUCGGAGCGGACAACAUCCCUAUGCGAAGAAGAUAACCCGAAGAUCCAGGAUCUAG